AUGUCCAUGGAAGAAAUUAACCAAACUCAUUAUGACAAAUUGAUGGAGAUUCAUACGGGAUAUAAUGAUGUCUUCGAUGCUUUGUACAGGCUGAAAACAAAUGACGAAGAAAAAUUAAACGCAAUUUUCAAAAAAAUCAAACAAAACCUGAUUGACUCUUAUCAAAUUCCGCCUGAUGCGAUAAUCACUGAAAUAUCCCAACUUUCAAUUUAUAACAACCGCUACAUGAAGUCAUAUUUAGUGAUUGCCAAACAAAUUGUUGACGAAUACCAUCUAAAUCAUGUCAACGAAAUCAACAGAGUUUUCAAUUACCUUUUCUACAAAGAAUACAAUAUUGUAUUGAAUGAAAACGGGCAAAAAAGUUUUAACGAUUUUGAAGAUUCUCAUUAUUCAUCUGAUAUUCACAACCAAAAAACAAUUCACAGAUCUAUUAUGGAUGAUGACAAAAUAGCAUUGAUAAAUUUUACAGAAAAAGAAGGAUUUGAUAAAGAUCAAAAAUUAAAAAGUUAUUUAUAUCCAUAUUCAAGAGUAGGUUUUUCGUUACUUGAAUUAUGUUGUUAUCAUGGAUCUGUUGAUUGUUUUAAGUUUUUAAGAACGAAAUUUCAAUCAGAAAUCAAUCGAAAUUGUCUUAGAUAUUCUUUUUUGGGUGGAAAUCCAGAAAUUAUGAAUGAAUGCUUGAAAGUACAAAAACCAGAUGAUGUAUGCAUGGAAUAUGCAAUUAUAUCACAUAAUAUUGAUUUUGUCACAUUUUUGAUGAAUGAACACAAUAUAAAAAUUGAUUUAAAUUUGUGCUCUAAAUACAAUAAUCUUCAAUCAUUUUUAGUUUACUUGGAUCAAACAAAUGACAUCAACAAAUGUUUUGUUUAUUCUCCGAAUUUCCAUCUUUCAUCACUUUUAGAAUAUUUUAUUUCAAAUGGUGCAGAUAUCAAUGCUAAAGACAGAAUAGGACUCACCCCUCUUCACUCUGCAGCCAAGAAUAACAGCAAAGAAACUGCAGAAAUUCUAAUUUCAAAUGGUGCAGAUAUCAAUGCUAAAGACAGAAUAGGACUCACCCCUCUUCAUUAUGCAGCCAAAUAUAAUAACAAAGAAAUUGCAGAAAUUCUUAUUUCAAAUGGUGCAGAUAUCAAUGCUAAAGACGAAGAUGGAUCUACCCCUCUUCAUUAUGCAGCCAUGAAUAACAGCAAAGAAACUGCAGAAAUUCUAAUUUCAAAUGGUGCAGAUAUCAAUGCUAAAGACAUAAUAGGACUCACCCCUCUUCAUUAUGCAGCCAUGAAUAACAGCAAAGAAACUGCAGAAAUUCUAAUUUCAAAUGGUGCAGAUAUCAAUGCUAAAGACAUAAUAGGACUCACCCCUCUUCAUUAUGCAGCCAUGAAUGACAACAAAGAAACUGCAGAAGUUCUUAUUUCAAAUGGUGCAGAUAUCAAUGCUAAAGACGGAGAUGGAUCUAUCCCUCUUGAUUAUGAAGAGCGAUGGACUCGUUCUUGUAGACGCAUAAAACAAGGCCUUCGAAAUUUAAACUAA